UAGAGACUCUCGGUCUGACCGGAUAAGCGUGUCUGUGGCAGUCGCGAUCAGAAGGGUCUGCAACGAGAUCAACACGCGCUCGCGCGAUCGGAUGCUAGUGCUGUCCUUCUACUAGGGCUCUGUUUGGAUGUUGAGAAGAAGCGAAGAGUUUGUGAAAAUCGGCGUCUUCCGUGUUUCGACUUGGGCGCGAGCAAAUUGCAGGGUUUCACAAUCAGUAGCAGCUACAAAUUUGCUAAGCUGAGUGCAUUUAUUGUGUAUUUUCGCGGGCCAGUCUGUGAAGCAAUCCGUAGCGAGCCUUUUUUUGUUCUGAUUGAGUGCCGAUUGCAAAGUGUUUAGAAAUAAUUACAGGUUGUUUGAGUUUCAGUCGUCCACGAUCUCCGGUGAUCUUGAAAGUCUGGGCCAGGGGCAGCUUUCAUUAAAGUGCAAUUGCAAAAUGGGCAAUUUACGGAAUAAAUCGUUCCUAGCAGUGAUGGUGGUGAUUAGUACGAUUGGUUGUCAAGCCUAUCAGCAGGCCAGUAGUGAUUAUAGUGAAAACCUGAGUCAGCAGCAGGAAAAACGACUAGUUCAUCGUCAUCAUAGCCAUCACCUGCAUCAACAUCGACUGAACUCGAUAUCCUUAGGACACAGAAAUUCCUCUCGCUAUUCACUAAUUGGACAGUCCGGCACCGGAAACCAUUACCCAGCCCAACCAACGGAUAAUUAUCGCCACCAACAGCCAGCUGGCACCAUUGGCCAUCAGCAGAAUGGUUUGCACCAUCACCACAGGACAUCGGAACCGACACAAUCUAAUCGUCGAAUCAACAAUCCCGGCUUUCGGUGGAAACCUUCGAUCGUAUCUACCAGUACAAAGAGCCCAAAUGCUGGCAACACGGCAGGCGUGCGAAACGUGAAGCGUAUGCUGAAGCAUAACAACCAUCAUCACAGAAAUAUGACCGGCAAAAACGUGUGCACCGAGAAGCGGACCGUCCAUGUGCCCGUCUACAGGAAAUCGACCGUGAAACACUUUGUUCAACCAUGCCUGGACCAGAAGCUGUGCACCGGCAUCCGUACCAAUUACGAGCCAACCUAUCAUCCGGUCAAGAAGGAAGUCUACGUCUGCUGUUCGGGUUGGGAAACCACAACCACCAUCGCCGACGGUUGCCUGAGUCCCAUCUGCGCAACCCCGUGUCGUAAUGGUGGACGUUGCACAGCCCCAGAUACCUGUACCUGCCCGUCCGGAUUCACGGGAGCUCAGUGCGAGGAGGAUAUCAACGAGUGCAAGCAGUUAAAACCGUGCGAUCAAACGUGCUACAAUACGGAUGGUUCGUACUAUUGCACCUGCCGGGAUGGUUUCACGCUUCAAGCAGACCGACAGAGCUGUAGAAGAGUUGAAACGAUAAACGACAUUGCUACUGAAGCGAGAGAUAUGGAAAACGAUGUCGACUACGACAGCCUGGAUACCCGGUUAGCUAAACUGGAGAAGAUUAUCUUCAGCGAGGAUCGUAGAUCACAAUCGGAGAACCACGAACUUAACAAGAAGGUUCAGUAUGCGCUCGAUGCCGUUUCGUCGCUAAGAUCGCAAAUCUCACGGCUGUCACAAAGGCUUUCCCCGACGGUGGACUACGGAAAUCGAAUCAACUGAUCGGAUGAUGCAAGUGCAAUUUACACGAUUGCAUGCUGCGUAGGUUGUAGGACCCGAACCCAGAAUCUCUCUGAUGUAGGAUGUAUUUAUUGUAAUUAUUUGUAGGCAGUGUAUUUCUAUAAUAAGAUUUUAACCAAAUGUGUUUCGGAAAAUAAUAGUCCCACCGUGUGAGAUACGAUACUAUAAUGCUGCCAUCGAACAUUAAGCGAUCAGUGAACACAGGAACCAAAAAGCGAGAAGUGGAUACAACUUUAGCAUGGCUGUCAGCAAACUUUGACUUGCAUAAAAAGAAAUCUGUUUGUGAGAAUGAUUUCUCUUUACAGACUAAAGAAAAAAAUGCUAUAUUUAUUGUCCUUAAAAUUCUAAGAGCAGACACGAGUAGAAGGAAGAAUAAAUGUAAUGGUUCAGAUGAAGAAAUAA